AUGGGAGCUGCUCUGCUCAAGACUCCUGAUAAACUCGAAAAUAUCUUGAGAGCUCUUGUUAAAGAAGUUGGUGAACCGUUCGAUAUUCCUAUCAGUGUCAAGAUCCGCAUUCUUGAAGACCGAGAGUCGACACUGGCGCUUGUUCGUCGACUGUCUAAAACUGGUAUUAAAUGUUUAUCAGUGCACUGUCGUACGACUCCUAUGAGACCUCGUGAACCAGUUAUUCGUGAUUAUUUAGCGGGUAUUGCUGACAUCUGUCACGAGGCCGGUAUUUCAUGUAUCGUCAAUGGCGACGUGCGAGGCCGAUUUGAUCUUGCUCCGCUAAUGGAAAAGUAUGGGGUCGAUGGGGCCAUGAUUGCUCGUGCCGCCGAGAGCAACACGAGCUGUUUCGCUGCUACUAAACCAGGACCUGCUGGACUGGUCGACUGGAAAACCGUCGCCAGAGAGUACACCAACUUGUGUGCCCAGUUCGACAACCAUCACUCAAACACCAAAUACUGUCUCCUGCAGAUGAUUCCCGGCAAAGACAAGCUCUACCAGACCGUCAGCAAGGCCAAAUCAGUCGCCGAAAUGGACUCUGCCCUUGACGCGGCCAUCUCCCAGUCCAACACUACCACCCCUAUCGCCAUCUCCACCAAAACUACUCCCACAACCACCUCUACCGUCACUUUCAAAACUCCUACCUCUACUACAUCUAAUACUUCCACUGCAUCUUCUGAAGAACUCCAUCUUCCCAAACGGCCCCGCGAAGAGUCCCUAUCAGAAACACCCCAAAAGCGUCCUCUCGCCGUCAACGCUGCUUAA